GUCGUAACCACAGGAUUCCUCUGACUUUGGCAGCUGCAGAUGAUUUUUGUUUUUGUGGGUAUUGAUUCUUGGUCAUAAGCUAUGUAUCGUAUUGUCUGUUCGAUAGAAAACCAUUUAUGCAUAUGUUGACUUAGGUCUGACCUCCUGACUUUCGUAUCGUUUUCGUGACUGAUUUAGUGCAACCUCACCGAUUUAUUAUUCUGUUGCUUCAUCAAUUUUUAACCCGUGGUUUGAUUGAGAAACACAAAAGCAGACAUUCCUAGUUAAUCUGUGUAUUACUCGCGUAGUUGGUCUUGGGAAUAAUAAUUUUCCACGAGGUCGCCCACUUCCUUGUUGCUGUCUUAGUCAGCCGGAAGAUUUCAAUCAUGACUAGUCCUUCUGCCGCUUACGAUUCCGAAGUAGGUGCGCAGCCUCUUGAACAGACUCAGACAUCAGGCUCAGAAGGCUCUUACCAGCAGAAGUCUCGUUCGGGUAUUUGCAUUUUUGCGGGGUUCGAGAUUGACGAGACAUGGCACCCGGUGCCGCCCGAAGCGGUCCGUCCUGACUAUGCGGUUGUCGAUUUACGGGGAUUUAUUGCAAACAGGAACUUGGGCUUCUCGUCUGUCUGCCGGGCUCUGGGACGACUAUCGGAGUCUUAGCAGGUGUCGAGAUGAUGCUGAAGAUAGUAAUGGAGGACUGUUUUGUGAGGCAGUUGGCGACGAUUCCUCCUGCGUGUUGGAGGACGAGCAAGUGUGGGAGAUCGUACCAGAUCGAGAUGACGAAACUACGCUAACAUAAUGGCUAGAGAGGGUUGUAAACAUGCGUCGUAGUGUCGUAGAGAAGAAAGGGAACACCAUUCUCGAGAGCUCGAUACUCCUGAACGAUGACCAACACGAAUUCUCUCAAAAUGACGCCGUAAUUUCUACUUCGACAGAAAUUGAGCGUCGCGUUUACAUCCGCUAUAUGAAGCAACCGCUUCCCGCCGAGAGCGACCGAUGGAGCAUGUGGUAGAUUAUCGACGACCUAAAGCAUUCGCACAAGGCUUUCUGCAGCGCGCGUGACGUAGCUCCAAGUGCAGGCAAUCAGGAGGGGUUUUGCGGAUGGUUUCAUCAAUGCGGCAAUCCAUGUUAUCGUAAUCAAUUCAUCGAUCCGGAAGUCAAUUGCUUCAAUAGCGAAUGCCAAAAAGAUGCCUGGAAGUACUGGGGCUACGGCCUUUGUGACUGUAGAAGUAGAAGCGGGCGUGGCGGUUGCGUGGCAUUCAAUCUAGUGAGGAAGGCCCCAGUCCCUGUUGCUUGCGACGCAAUUCGCUCUCUCGAUAAUGUCGUUCUCAAUCAAGGGACAGGUCUCCGGUUGUUGGAGUGGAGAGCAGUUCAGGACAAUUGGACUGCAUAUGCCUCUGAUCGGAACUUCUCGCCGUCAGAGGAAGAUGAACAGAAUAGAAGCGACUUUCAAAAAAUGAUGAAUAUACUGCAGAGGACGUAUCAUACGUAUCGAGAAAGAGACUAUAUGCAUGCAGGCGAGAAAAGGAAGAUUAGGAGUUGCUUCCUUUUCUUUUCGCAACUCGAAAAAUUGCAGAAAAUUUGCAGCGCAUCUAAGCAAGAGCUAACGACUCUGGCCCCGGGCUUGCGUGAAGCAGUCCCUAUCGCCAUGUUCCCGUAUUUCGACGAUGGUGAGGAUAGCUCAGAGAGCUUCGCGCAAGGGCGCGCAAAUAAGUACGAGUUUUUUUAUUGUGGAUCGCGUUCUUUCGCGAACAAGUCGUGCGGCAUGGUUUGA